CAAUCUGCAGCCGGCAGCCCUUGGGCAGCAGCCGCUGCUGUGGCAGGGGGUCCGGGACCGCCAGCCUCCACCGCUGGGAGCCUGCUAGGGAGCGAUGCAGCCGCCCGGGGGCUCGGGCAGGAGGCGGCUCUGGGCUGGCAGGGGGGAUGCAGGCAGGCAGUGAUUUGGGACACAGUGGAGGGGCCCACGGUUGCAGAGGACGCCCGCAGAGAUCAUCUCGAGCUGUUGUCUGUGUUAGUGCCAAGGCCUCUGCUAGUUGGUGGAUUCUAGCUUUUCGACUCCUGUGCUCCAUUAGGCUGGUUCCCGCCGGCAUGGAUGGUGUGCCCCGUGGGCUACGGACUUGGGUUCAUUGGUAGGAAUCCUUUGUGCUAGCAGCAUCAGCAGGUAGCAUUCCCCGUAGAGCCGAGGCCUGGCAUUCAGAGAGAAGCCAUGACCGACAUCCCGGAGAGCACGACGGGCCGGAGGUCUCUCACGCUGAAGCGCAGGUUCCUCUGGAAGCUCCGCCAGAAGUGGAAGCUCCUGGGCCUCUUUGAGAUCAACGGGGAGCACGAGUUUUAUGACCUGACCUGCAUGCUGAAGGUGGGGCUCAGGGCUGCCAUCCAAGAGGCCAUUGACAACCCGCCUGUGGAUGCCCUGAGCGACGCGGACUGCAAGGUCGUGCUGAAGCAGGCCCAUGAGGGCUUUGAGAUGCGUACGUACGGCGGCCCGGCCUUUGCUCACUUCAGGCACUCGCUGGGCAUAUCGGAGAAGGAAUACCAGCUGUCCCUGUCCUCCCAGAGCUCCUACCUGCAGUUCAUCAGCAACUCCAAGAGCAAGGCUGACUUCUUCCUGACGAACAACAAAUGCUUCUUCCUGAAGACGCAGAGUAAGAGAGAGAUCCGGUUCCUCCUCUCCAACCUGCCCAAGUACAUCCAGCACCUUGAGAGAUACCCCCACUCCCUCCUCGUCAAGUUCCUGGGGGUUCACAGCAUCAUCGUGGCUCAAGAGAAGAAGAGAUACUUCAUCAUCAUGCAGAGCGUGUUCUACCCCGACGAAAGGAUCCUUGAACGGUACGACAUUAAAGGGUGUCAGGUGAAUCGCUGGACGGAGCCCGCCCCCGAGGGCAGCCAAGUCAUCGUGGUGCUGAAGGAUCUCAACUUUGAAGGAAAGUCCAUCCAGCUGGGUCAGCAGCGCCCCUGGCUCCUACGCCAGGUGCAGCUGGACACGCAGUUCCUGAAGGAGCUGAACGUGCUGGAUUACAGCCUGCUGGUGGCAUUUCAGCCCCUGCAUGCAGACGAAAAGGGCCAGAACCUGUCCUUCGCGGACAUCAUCUUCAGGACCACCAUGUCCCUGAGCAAUCCCGAGAGCUCCCUGCUCCCCUCGGUGUCGGGGAUCGCGGAGGAAGAGUCUGACAUUCUGGUGUCUGAGAUGGUAGCGGGAGUCGACCUCUACCGACUGCGCGAGCUGAACGCGGGGGUGGAGGACGUGAGCCUCCCAAGCAGCGCCAGGUCUGACCGGGAUCUGGCCCGCAUCCUGGCCCAGAACCGGCGCUUGCUGCCCCGCUGCAAGAGCCCCCUGCACUUGCUGGACGGCCCGGAGUUCCGCUACUUCAUGGGCAUCAUCGACCUGUUCACCGUCUACAGCUUCCGCAAGCGGCUCGAGCACCUGUGGAAAUGCAUCCGGUACCGGGGUCAGACCUUCUCCACCGUCAGCCCCUCGGAUUACGCCAGGCGCCUCUGCCAGUGGGUGGAAUCACACACUGUAUGAGUGGGGCCCUGCCCCGGGGCUGAAACGGAUGGCAGCCUCCCAGACGGCCCCACUCACCCGCUGGGAGGGUCACCAGCCCCACAGACUGUGCUGCAAGCUGCCUGCUGCUGAUCGCCUGCACCACCAGGGGGCAGGCUCAAGGCAGCGGUGCCGCGGGGUUACAGGGCUGCUGCGGAAGGAACAUUCCCAGCAUCCUGAGAGCAGGUUUUUGGCAUCAGAACUGAAGUGUCGGAGGGGCCAUGAUCACGCGGGCAGCAGCUGUCCUGCAGCGAGCUGCGGGGAUGGGGGUCAGUAGGUGCCGCAGUUGUCCACGGAACCCAGUAAAUGGGGGAUCUGGGAACCAGUUUGCAUUGCUCCGACGUGGGGUGUCUCUGGGUGCACCGGUUUGCAUCUCGGGUGGUGAAAUAGCCCCACCAAAAUCCAUUCAUGGUCCCCGGAUCCUCUCUUGGGACGAGGAUGCAGCAGGAAGUGUGGAUGGACGGAAAGGGACGGCCUGAUCUCCCCCGACUGCCGGUGCCAUUUCGAUCCCAUAUGAACCCUACCAAGGGCCCCAUCUCCACGGGCACCAAUCUGGGGUUCAAAAGGCACCUGCUGAACCAGAAGCAUGCUGGGAAGCUAAUGACAGGCUCAGCAGCCAGUUCCAGUUUGUGCAGUGAAGUAGCAUGUAGGAUAGGCAGAACCUUCAUCCUCAUCCUAGCCCCAUCAGUCCUAUGCCCUGGGCACCCUGAUACCACUAUCCCCGUGCUGGACUGCCUGUGAUCAAGGGCUAGGUCCUGAAAACCUACCCUCCCUGCUCGCCGAAGCCACUGUCCUAGUGCUGGAUUGGUUUGAUCGAGGGCUGCGCUCCCUGACUAUCUCCAAAGCUGGGCUGGGGGUGAUUAAGAGCCGGGCGUCACAGCAAAGCUGCACUCUCCCUGUGUUCGCUUGCCUGGUUGUAGGGAAGUCAGGAGGCUGUCGAGCGUUACCACAGCCCUUGGCCAGGAAAGUCUGGGACCCUGAGAAUGCUCCUUGAGUGGGGACUCUCCGGCUCGGCUUCUUAUGAACCCCCCGUUGAGUCAGUGCAGCUGGUGUGAUGGGCAUCCAAGAAGCAGGGCGAGCUGCUGUUUGUGUGUGGACAUUCUGACUCCCUGUCGCCUCCCGGCAGGAAUGAGAGAGCCCAUCCAGCAGCUGCCGAGCCUGGUGUUGGCGAUGCCGAUUGAGGGAAGAAACCACUGGGCUUGCCCAAUCUGCAGGGGAAAACAUGGUUGUUU